AUGGCCAACGAAGAAGGUGAAAGCGGCCCCAAGCAUCUCAAUAGCUCUGAGUUGCUCAAGAAGAUCGACAAGCUGAGAGAGAAAAACAUUGGAAAGCAUGUUCCCCUUCCUCAGCUGGUUGUUGUUGGGGACCAGAGUUCUGGAAAAUCUUCUCUUCUGGCAAGCCUGACCAAGAUUCCAUUUCCUCGUGAUUUGGAACUUUGUACCCGUUAUGCCACGCAGAUAACUUCCCGUCGUGAGGACGAUCGCUCGGUCGAAAUCUCGAUAAUCCCUGCCGGCGAUGCUUCCCUGGAGCACAGGGCGAAGGUACAGGGCUUUAAGAGGACCCUCAGAGGCACCGAAGACUUUCGGUCGGAAUUUCCAGCAAUCCUGAAGGAGGUCGACGAGUGUAUGGGCAUACGUACUGACCUUUCGUCUAAGGAAGGAUCGGUUUUUAGCAAAGACGUGCUCCGGAUCGAGCUUUCGGAUAUGGUCAAGAACUAUAUCAAAGAUGCUCGCACGGUGAUCUUGGCUGUGCUCCCAAGCAACGUCGAUCUUGCUACCCAGGAGAUCCUCAAGCUGGCCAAAGAUUAUGAUGGAAAUGGAGAGCGUACGCUUGGUGUGCUAACCAAACCCGACCUGGUGAUCGAGCAAAGCGCCAAGGCAGCUUUGUGCUCACUGGUCCUGGGACACAAGAGACCACUGACACUUGGCUAUUACUUGGUUAGAAACCAGGGCGCAGAUCAGGACACUUCUUUCCGUGGUGAGGAAGGAGAAAGAAUGUUUGACAGCCAGCCUUGGAAUACCUUGCCGAGAGACCGUAUUGGCAUCCAGGCCCUAAGAGAACGGCUGGGAGAACUUCUGAGCGAAGUUACGGAGCGCGAAUUCCCUGAACUUCGCAAGGAUAUCAAAAACCAGAUUGAUUCGUGCCAUCAAGAUCUGGUCCGCCUGGGCCCUGCACGCCAAACUGAACAGGAACAGCGUGCGUUCUUGAGUGGUAUAGCUCGCCAGUUUCAGAGCCUCGCACGAGCUGCACGCGAUGCUCAUUAUACAGAAAAUGAAGCAUUUGCAGAGAGUGAUCUCCGGCUUCUCACUCACAUUGUCAAUUUUUCUGAUAAAUUCAGCUCAAAUUUCCAGGCUAAAGCACAUAUGCUCCCAUUCGACUGCCCUACCUCAGAUGCAGUUGACAAGAGACAACCAUACAAUGACAUGAACAACAAUCCGCACGGGAACGGCCGCCAUAAAAACUGCCCAAGGGGGAAACCCGACAUGCAUGCCCAGAUGGCAGCCGGGGAUCGCUUUUCUCUGGCUCAGCAUGUAAACGAAAGCCGUGAAGGCCUUGACCCUAACAGCUUCCCUGAGUUAGAGCAGAUUGUCAGCCGCGUGGAGGGCACCCAGGAUCCCGAAGGGGAUAUCAAAGCCUGGAUUGAAAAGUUAUAUGCUGAGUCUCGAGGUCUUGAUCUCGGGACCUUUGGAAACAAUAUCCUCUGCAAUGCUUUCAAGGAGCAGACCGGCAAAUGGGAAGCCAUGACCCGCGGACACGUGAGUAAUGUUAUCAUGGUAGUUCACCGUUUUUUGAGUAAGGCAUUGGGAAAGAUUUGCGGGAGCAAACAGCUCUAUCACAAGAUUUGGUCCAGCAUUCUCGAUGACCUUCUACAAAGCUACAAGAAUGCCAUGUCCCAGGCGAUGUUCCUUCUGUCCGUUGAGAGAAACCGCCGACCAUAUACGCUAAACAAUUAUUUCAACCAUACCCUCCAGAAACUGCGCAGUGCCCGUGUUGCUCAGGCAUUAGAGGACAAUGCCAGAAAUAUAAAUGAUACUUGGUCAAACGCACAAAUGAAGGUGGUCGAUCUGGAUGCUGUCAAGAAGUCUGCGAGCGACCAGGGGAAUGUGGAACAUAUCACGGGGGAAAUCCAUGACAUCCUGUGGUCCUACUAUCAAGUCGCACGCGAAAGAUUUGUGGAUAAUGUUCACAUCCAGGAAUGGGUCAUCAAUCUGGGGUCGGAUGAGCUGGGAGCAAUCGCCGGUGAAUCGCAAGCGAUUAAAGCGCGGCGUGCCAACCUGAAGCAAAAGAUGGAGGAUUUGAAGUCUGCUCUCCAGACCUUGAAGUUUUGA